AUUGCUUCAUUCUUUUCACCUUCUCCUCUGUUUCCUUGUUUCAUUCUUUCCACCUUCCCCAUGGCUGCUCCUUCUUUCAAUCUCGCUCUCUGCUUCUUCUUUCUUUUACAACUUCAAAUUGCCAUGCCAGAAUCCAAAAACUACAUAAUUCAAAUCGACCACUCCUACAAGCCUGCCUCUUUCCCAACCCACAAGGCAUGGCAUCAAUCUAUUCUCAAAUCAUUAUCCAAUCCCGUUCUUGAUAAGAAUUUUCUCUACUCCUACAAUCAUGUCCUCCAUGGUUUCAGUGCAAGGCUCACUGCAACCCAGGCAGCAGAAAUUCAGAACCACUCUGCUCAUUUAGCUAUCCACGAGGACUCUUUUGGGCGGUUGCUUACCACCCACUCACCGGACUUUCUUGGCCUCAACCAUAAAUCCGGCUUGUGGCCUGCAUCUUCACAGGGUGAAGGCACCAUCAUUGGAGUUGUGGACACUGGAAUCUGGCCGGAAAGUAAGAGUUUCAGUGAAGAAGGAAUGCCACCAGUACCAGAGAGAUGGAAGGGAAAGUGUCAGAAUGACAAAAUCAUGCCUUUCACUUGCAAUAACAAGCUCAUUGGUGAGGGGAACCAUACUACUUGUUUGCAGACAAUUACUGAGGAAUGGGGUGCAAUGCUAUGCCAAUCUCUCUUGCUGAAAGAAGGCAAAACAGUAGUUGACAAAGUUUUCAGAGCAAAAGUAGAUGAGCUGUUGCUGGCAAUAGAAAAUCACUAGAGAGCUGCUGCAGUUAGCAAUUAGCUCAUUGAUCUUAUAAUUUUCUAUUUCUUUUCCCCUUGAAAGGGCUCUUAGCAAUUAGCAUUAACCAAGCAUUUAACAAUAUGUUAAUGGUAAGUGUUGAAGAUAAAUGGAACACUGUGGCAAGGCUACUGUUCACGUUCACUGUUCAUGUCCAGUUCAGUUUCAAUUAUGUUGCUGAGAAGUUUCUUUGUUGAGUUUCCAAUGUAAUCUUCUUGUAUCUUUGAUGUUAAGUGUUUCACCUAAAUGUAUGAUUUGGCUUUAAUAGUAUCCAUGUGCCAUGCUCCUUGAUUUAUGGGGUUUAUAUCAUUAUUCAAAUGUAUUAAGUGAACACUGUAUGUGUCUGGUGUUGUAUUGUACAAAAACAUACCAGAAUUGAUGAAAAACCUAUGGAAAAUCAAUGAAAAAAAAUCUGAGCAUCAUCUCUAGCUCAGUUGAUGUUAUUUUCUUCUUCUUUUGAAUGUUUCCCAAGAUUAUCUCGAGUUUUAUGUUGCGUUGAAUCAAUUUUUCCUAACGGA